UUUCCGUGUGAAUGUGAGCGUGUUCACUCUAGACGUGACGGGGAUAGCUCAACCCGUGUAUAAAUCUAGAGGGUUGUAUCAGGAACACAUGUACUUAAAUCAAUUCGAAAAUCACCUAUCCCUCAUUACCAAUAUGAACAUCUAUUGUAAACGCUACCAGUGUCCCACGUGCGAACGCCUCUUCCGGCGCAAAAUCAAAUGCAACGAACACCAACGUCGUUGCACGGCUCAAACGACUUUGCGGUUCCCGGGUGGUUUCCACCACACCCCAAAGACCGUGUUUGACGAGCUGGAAGAGUUCGAUUUCGUCGUCGAGCCUAGAGACAGAUAUUUCCCGUGGUUCGUGGUGUUCGAUUUUGAGUGUUUUUUGAAACCGAUGAAUACCGGAACCCAGAAACUGAGAUGGACGCAAGAACACCACCCCAUCUCGGUCAGCGUGUGUUCCAAUGUGGAAGGGUUUACUUCGCCGCACUGCAUCGUCGAUUCCGAUCCGGAUCGACUGAUUGCUGCCAUGUUGUCAUACAUGACGGAAAUAGGAGAAGCCGUAAACGAGCUAUCCAAAGAAAAAUAUAAAGGGGUGUUAGAACGCUUGCGCGAGUGGAUGCAAUUGUUGUCUGACGAGGACCAGGCGACUGUUGACGACGACGACGACGAUGAUGAUGAUGAUGAUGAUGAUGUCAACGUCAGGAAGGGUGACAACCACCCCGCCAAAGGCAAGUCUACUCGCGCACACUCUACCCCCCUGGCUAAGUGGAGAAAGCACGUGAGCGAUCUCUGCGGGAAGCUUCUGGGGUACUGUUCUCAAGUCCCCGUCCUCGGUUUUAAUUCAGCUCGUUACGAUCUGAAUAUCAUUAAGGAAAAACUACCCAAACAUCUCUCUCUCGACGACGUCGAAUCUCAGGCUUUCACCGUCAAGAAAAACAAUGCUUACUUGUGUCAAAGUAAUCAAAGUUUCAAAUUUCUUGACGUCACGCAAUAUCUCUCUCCCGGAACGAGUUAUGCUCAGUUUCUGAAAGCAUUCGGAGUGCAAGAGAAAAAGGGAUUUUUCCCGUACGAGUAUCUCGACACUCCGGAUAAGUUAAACGAAACUCGGCUUCCCCCUCUGGGUGAGGCAUGGUAUUCCAGUCUCAAACAGAAGUCCGUCCUCGACGACGGUGUGAAAUCCAUCGAGGAAAAUUAUGCCGAGCUCGAGGAAGUUUGGAGACGGGAAGGCAUGUCCACGUUUCGAGAUUUCCUCGAGUGGUAUAACAAUCUGGACGUGGGUCCCUUUGUGGAAGCCGUACAAGCCAUGCAGCGGUUUUAUUUCCAGGAUGGCAUCGACCUCUUUAAAACCACUAUGUCGGUACCCGGUGUGGCCCGUCAGAAACUAUUCCGGGAGAGUCGAAAGUUAGGGGUCUCCUUUGCUCUGUUCGAUAAACGCAACGAAGACCUCUAUCACACCGUGAAGGGUAACGUGGUCGGCGGUCCUUCUAUCAUAUUCACGAGGUACCACAAAGCCGAUCAAACGUUGAUUAGAGGCCAUCCCGAAAAACGGUGUAAAAGGGUGGUUGGGUAUGACGCGAACGCGUUAUACUUGUGGGCUAUAGAUCAGCCCAUGCCCACCGGUCCUUUCGUGCGUAGGAGAGCCGAGAAUCGAUUCAAGCCGGAACGCAGGGACAGGUACGCGUGCAUGUACGAUUGGAUGGAUUGGUUGAGGGAGCAGGAAGGGCGGGACAUUCGGCACAAGUUAAACUGGGGGCGGGAAAAACGAGUCGGGCCGUACUUGGUGGAUGGGUUCAUUCCCGGCUCCAUGACCGUAUUCGAGUUUCAUGGAUGCUAUUUCCACGGCCACCAUUGUCACCUCACGACGAAAGCGCGCGCUCAGGAAAAAUCAAGAGAACGAUUAGAACAAAAACUAAAGGCAACCAGAGCGCGCGCUGCUUACAUCCGUGAUCUGGGUUACACGGUCGUGGAAAUGUGGGAAUGUAACUUUCGCGCCGAGUGCAAAACUAAUUCCCAGCUCUCGUCCUUUAUUCGAGAUCGUCAACCACCUUUCACUCAAAAGAAGGCGUGGAAGAAGGUCUCGGAGCGGGACAUGUUGAACGCUGUGGAAAAGGGGGAACUUUUCGGCAUGGUGGAAGUGGACAUUCGCGUCCCCGACCACUGGAUGCCUGGACAGAACCCUCACGGCACUCGUCUCUCCCCGAAGGAGUACUUUCAAGAGAUGACUCCCUUGUUUUGCAAUGCAGAAGUUCCGUUCGAGAUUAUCGGGGAACACAUGCAGGGGUACAUCAGGGAAAACGACUUGAGUACAAAACCGCGCCGUAUGCUCGUUGGCGGGUUAAAGGCGCGGAAAAUCUUGAUCGCCACCCCUCUGUUGCAAUGGUAUUUACAGCACGGCAUGGUGGUCGAUCGCGUGUACCAAGUCGUCGAGUACACCCCGAACGCGUGUUUUCAGCAGUUCGUUCGGGACGUGUGCUCGGCCAGACGAGAAGCCGACCGAGAUCCCUCAGCAGCCAUUCGCGGGGAUACGGCUAAACUUACGGGCAACUCCGCGUACGGUUCGGUUUUGAUCAAUAAAGAAAAACAUCAGACCGUCUCGUACGUGUGUGGUCAAACGGCGGCUAGCACACAAGUCAAUUUCCCUCAAUUCAGGAAAUUGACGGAACUGGGCGGGGGUUAUUUCGAGGUGGAGAAAGCCAAGAAAGUCAUACGCCUCGAUACUCCCGUGCAGCUGGGGUAUUUCAUCCUGCAGUACGCCAAACUGCGCAUGCUUCAAUUUUACUACGAUUUCAUGGACGUGUACGUGGAUCGUAGCGAUUUUGAAUACAUGGAGAUGGACACGGACAGCGCUUACAUGGCCUUGAGCGCGAAAUGUCUGUCCGACGUCAUUAAACCCACCAAACAGUCGGCGUACCAGGACCAGUUGAAGGGGCUCUGUGGUGACCAUAACCCGGACGACAGCCACGUCACGCGUUGGUUUCCACGCAGUUGCUGUUCCGUCCACGCCCUUCACGACAAACGUACUCCGGGUUUAUUCAAACUCGAGUACGAAGGAGACGAGAUGAUCGGACUAUGUAGUAAAACGUACUUAGUCUCACAGUCCAGUCUCCAGCGAACGCCAAAGCCAACGCCGAGUUCGAGCGUACGUACAGCACAACGUUUACUACGCCGUGCUCGCCGCCGGCUCGGUCGCAACAAGCCCGUCAAUAACAAGGCCCGACGCCUCCGUUCAAGCACCCCUGUCGUCGGUCAUUUCGAACGCCGGGUAAAAUUCUCCUGUAAAGGCAUCUCGAAACGCACACUGAAAACACCACUAAGAGCGGCGAGGGGUUGAACAGAGGUUUCCGACUCAAGGGGAAUACCAUGUGUUCCUAUCAACAGACACGUCAGGGGUUGAGCUAUCUGUAUUGUAAACGUCGAGUGCUAGCCGAUGGCAUUCACACAGCCCCUCUAGACCUAGAGCUUUGU